AGCAGCAGUAAGGACCUGGUUCUACUUGAUAGCUACCACAAUCUGGUGAUGGUGAGAACGGUCAUAGGGCAAAUGCUGGUGUGGUUCUUCAUCUGUGUUGACAUGCUCAUGCUCUUCACCUUCUUCAGUAAGCAGGCUUUCCGGACCAAUGCCCGCUACAUCCUGUUUGCUCACACUCUGAUGGCUGACUGUCUACUCCUGCUGCUCACAGACCUGGUGGUGCUGCUUAUUCACUUCCGUGUUCUUUUGCCUGUCGGUCACUGCAUCGUGCUCUGCAUUCUCAUGGGGAUUGUUGUCAAAAACACGCCCUACACCAUCACCGCCAUGUGCCUGGAGCGCUACGUGGCCAUCUGCAUGCCGCUUAGACACGCCAGCAUCUCCACCACCGGCAGGACCAUGGCUGCCAUCGCUGUCGUCUGGGCGUUCAGCUCGGUCAGAGUCAUCAUAGAUCUUAUUAUCGUCUCUGUCAAGGCCCCACCUGGGUAUUUUGCCAAGACCACCUUCUGCCGUUAUGACAUCAUGCUGGUGACUGAGUGGCACCGCCUCAUGUAUAUCACAUUUAAUCAGGUGGACUUCGGUAUUAUUGUGGUGAUCUUGCUGUUCUGCUACACCAAGAUCAUGCUGGCAGCUCAGACUGCCUCUGGAGAGAAUAAGCAGUCUGUGUCAAAGGGGCGACGCACGCUCCUGCUCCACGGCCUGCAGCUCAUUCUGUGCAUGGCCGACCUGUGGACCCCCUAUAUUUUGGCUGUUGUUCAGAAGCAAAGUCUAUACUGGCAUGAGACCAUCCGAUUCUUAAAUUUCAUUGCUUUUACCAUUGUCUCCAGGGCCCUGAGUCCCCUUAUCUAUGGCCUUAGGGAUAAAAAGUUUUGCCUUGCCCUGAAAUAUUACAUGAGCUGCAAGGUCUAGCCCCUCUCUGGAGAAAUGUAGCAGCUUAGGAGUGUGUAUGAAUGCGUAACAGAGAAAGCCACAGAAAAAAGACUUCUGUGUACAUUGGUAUCAUGACCCAAAGGGGUUUGCGUGAGUUUUAAUGAAAAGGUGACAUUUGUAAACUGUGACCUAAUCUCCAGUGUGUUACUCCCUUUGCAUCUUCUUGUUCUAGUCAUUUUAUAUUUCAUAUAUUUCAUCCAAAAAAUAAUCAGCCAGGAAACUGAUCGCCCUACAUUUCAAAAUUACAAUUUGGCAAACGUGACUGAAGAAGGUUAGUCGGUGCACAAGCUGUGUGCUAGUGUCCCAUGCUUGAUAUCAAUUGAUCUCAAUUCCUUAUAAAAUUAAAAGGUCACACAUUUUUCUGGAAAGGAAGUAGGAGUAAUGAAAUUGUUUAUAUGAACACAUAUAACUAAACAUUUUUCUGUUUUAAUCAGAUUUUUUUUAUAAAAUUGUAACUAGUGCAUCGGGAAUUGCAGCUUUUAUUGACCUAAGCACAUUUAGUUCAGCAAUUAAUGGUAUUCACUAUGUAAAUUUUGUGUUUCCCCACCUGUAUAACAAUACGAACUGCCACAUCUAUGACGUCCAGUGACAUCUCAUGGCUGGGUGUAGGGCUGUUCUUCAUUCCUGCAAGAAAUGGCUUUUUAGACAAUCAGUUGCCACCAGAUUGUAGAUAAUCGUGCCAUUUCCAGAUCAGCUCAGUCAUGAGGUACACAUGUGUGUCUUCACAAUUAUACCUCAUUUUAACAACAGACUCUCACAUGAGAAAGCUGGUUAUUUUGAUAGGCUCACUUGAAUUUAUUACCUGAAUUUUAAUAUCUUGUAUGCUUUUGUGUGUGUGUUCCCUUUCGCCCAAUAAAAUUUUGA